GACAGUUAAAUAACACGUAAUCCUUCCUCGGGGCGUACUAAAGCGUCGUAAUCGCCAUUGGCAACGGUAGUUGUUGAAAACGAGAUCGAAUUGAGUGAAGGCCGGUUACAUAUAUACCUUUAUACUUACCUGUGUGUGUAUACCUAUUUCACCCUAAGGUGAACAGGAACCUCUACUGAAAACAUGCUGUGAUUUUCUCCACUCAACUGGAAAUAAGAAAGAUUUUUAUAAACUUAUAAGGCCAUUAACGGCUUUCUCUGUGUACAACCACACCGCUACCUGUGGCAGAUCUACCUGGGAUAAUUCGCCGUCUAGCUAUACUGUCUGUUCUAGUUUUGGGGAUUUUGUGAGACAGUGACAACCUGACGACUGUGAUAUGAAUUCCUUAUAGUUGGAAAUAUUCUCGUGGAUAGAGUGUCGAUAUGUUCUUGGAUAGAACAAGAAUCCGUCCGAGGAAUAUGAGUUCCAUGUAUUACAGACAAAAGGACCCCAAACCCAAGGCCAUACCUGCAUAUGGGUUCGAGAAAAAGAAGGCUUGGGAGGUUCGAGACAUCACAGAGCGUCUAAGUCGGCCGACGUAUAACCGCCGACUGUCUGCUGACGAGCCGACACACAUGCAUAACUUCGACAGAAGUCGGGAGAGUAGUGCGUUAAGAAACCGCACGCCGUCUUCGUGUGGGCGUCGUUCGGCACAGAGUUUGAGUGACCGUCAGCGAAGUGCGACGCGUCGUCUCACAGAUCGGGAAAUGCAGAGACUCAUACGACGACUCCAGAGACCCACCGAAAGUUAUGCAAUAGCUUUAACGGAACAGAUGGAAGAACCAAUGGAUUCGAAACAAAGUCGUAUGGCUCGAACGCCGAUCUCGGAGGAACAGAUAUCGAAGACGGUUAGGCGUCUGCGUCGGCCGACUACCGCAACAAUGGCUAAAGACUUAAACCAGUGUCAUUUGUGUUAUGAACACGAGAAUAAAAAAUCUACGGAUCCUCCCGACGCUUUUGAUUACGAUUACAUAAUGGACAAAUCUCUUCCGCCGGAAGAACUGGACUAUGUCGUAAGUCGCAUGCGCGUGAAUACAUGUUCAAGUGCACAUGGGCGUCGUUGUGUUAAAACUCCAGCAACGGCCUAUUUCGACGAAGUGAAAGCGCGGGAAAAUCUUCCGCUUCUUAGUGGCUUGGCUCGAAGUAAAAACGUAAAAGAAAUUACGAACAGACUUCAUCCAAAACCUCGUUAUCGCUUGGUAUCGGCAGCGACACCUAUCACCGUUUACUGAUAUCGUUCAUGUUCGGCAAUUCCCAUUCCUGUUGACUGUACUAUUUAUAGAUUUACGAUACACAGCUUGUUAAAACUUACUAAUUUUGCACCGUUUAAUGAUGUUCUUUAUUAAAUUAUUAUUUACUAAUUAUUUCCAGAGGUUUUUG